AUGGCCAAAGAGUGUGACCUGGAAAGUGAAAGCAAAAAAAAAAAAAAAAAAAACUUUCCUUACUUCAUACUUCAGGUGUGUGUGUGCACGGGUGUGUACGUGUGUGUGUGUACGUGUGUGUGUGUGUGUGUGUACGUGUGUAUGUAUGCGUGUGUUAACCCCGCCCACUCCUCCCUCUCCUCUGUGACGUCUCAGGGAGUAUGUCGCCAAUUGCCUUCAGUUGUAGAAAUGGCAGCGCUGAGACAGGAGCAUCGGUAUGGGCUCUCCUGUGGCAAAAUCAACAAAAACACCCCGAAUCAAACUCUUUAUCACGUCAAACUCACUGACACUGCCAUCCGGACCCUCGAAGCCUACCAGAACCUGAAGGCAUCACUAUCAAAUCAGCCGGCGAUUUGCUUCAAGGGGAGCCAGGGGUACAUAAAGAUCCCGGCGCCAACCCCUGAAUCCCCCGAUGGACUCAGAAUCUUCUCGUUCUACCUAUCCAGUGACAGCAAAGACAAACCUCAGUCCAGCUUUGACUGCAUUCACCAGUAUGUCUCAGGGGAGGGCAGGGAUCACCUGGAGGGCCAGGGCAGCAUUCAGGACAAGAUCACAGUUUGUGCCACAGACGACUCCUACCAGACGACACGGGAGCGCAUGUCUCAGGUGGAGAAGGACAUCUGGAGCCGCUCAGCAAUUGAGAUCAAACCAGGGCCAAGUAAGUGCGUGAAGGUCCAGAGGAAGCAGGGUUUGGUAUCAGGCUCAGAUAGCAGCAACAAGCACUCCCCCAGCAACAAGAGGAGCCUGGUUCCCAGCCCAGUGGCACACAGGCCCUUGAGGGAUCGCAUCAUUCAUCUCCUGGCCUUAAAGCCCUACAGGAAACCUGAGCUGCUACUGUGGUUGGAGAGGGAGCGAGCCAGUCCAAAGGACAAGGCUGACCUGACCUCAGUACUGGAUGAGGUUGGUAAGCAGAACCCUAAAGACCACAGCUACUCUCUGAAGGACGAGCUCUACAGGCACGUCCAGAAGGACUGGCCUGGCUAUCUCGAGGAGGAGAAGCAACUCAUCCAUAGGCUCCUUAUCAGGAAACUUCAGCCACUCCACAGUAGCCAGUUGAAGAGUCCUCAGUCCAACUAUUCAUUCCACAAAACUCCUGGGGACUCUCCUUCACAUCUCAGUCCUGCCAAGAGUCUCUCUGUGAAACGCCCACUGCCCUCGGAUACAUCCAACUGUCAGACCCCCAAAAAACAAAGACUAUUAGACCACUGCUUGCCUUUGCAGUCACCCUCUCAUGGAGACUAUGGCACCAAUGGGGCUCAUAGCUCCUCUAGUCACGGAAACACUAGUGUACACAUCAAAACUGAGUUUGACAAAACCAGCAAUCAUCUCCAAGGGUGCCCAAAUGGUCUGCACUCGCCGCACAAACUCAGCGGGUCAUCUGCUGUUCCCAAACUAGAGAGGACAGAGCCAGCUCCUAAUGGACCCAGCCCCAAGCCCCCACACACUGACAGCUCCAUUUGCACUGACCAACAGUUUGCCAAUGGCCAACAUAAAAAGAAAAGGUCAAAAAAGCACAAAGACAAGGAACGAGAGCGCUUAAAACCAGACUGGAUAGAGACCAGCCCGGACCUGAAGCAAAACCAAGAAAAUCUCAAAGACCACAAAGGAGAGAAAACACCUGUCAACCGAACCUCAACAGAGGAACUGCCCGACUAUUUAUUAAAAUACAGUACCAUAACAGCAGUGGAGCAACGUCAACAGUAUAAGAACGACUUCUGUUCUGAGUAUGACGAAUACAGAGCGCUUCAUGACCGGAUUGGGGCUAUCACAGAGAUGUUUGUUCAGUUGGGCUCAAAGAUCAACACUCUCUCGCCGGGGACACAAGAGUACAAGGUAUUUUCAGGACCAGAGGCCUCUGACUCCAUUUCUAGUAAAAACACCAAACAAAUAAUAGAUCAGAUACAUGGCACUUGUAACACUUCUUUCUAUCUUUUCAGCUCAUGGAGGACCAAAUACUACAAAAGUACAGAAAGUAUAAGAAAAAGUUUCCGGGGUAUCGGGAAGAGAAGAAGCGAUGCGAGUAUCUCCAUCAGAAACUGUCACAUAUCAAAGGUCUGAUCACAGAUUAUGACCGAGCACAGGAACUCUCCUAGUAACUGGCCUCUACCUUCAGCAGGGUGUAAUAUGACUGGACCAAAAGACUCAUACUGGACCCAAAGACUGCCCAGCUGGGUCCUAGAGUUGCUGAAACACUUUUCACUUUACCCCCCUGAGUGUUAAUGGAGUCGAGGAGCGAGGUUGUCGCUGAGCUAAGACCACUGACUCGUGAUCAAAUGUUACUAUACUUUAACAGUAUGGUUUUCGACAAUGAUUAUCGCUGUAAUGGCUGGAUAUUUUUCUGCUGUAGAAAAGGCCAGAUGACACAGUGAAAGCCAAAUCCAUUUUUUCUGAAAUGCAACACAGAUGUGAUCCUUCCUGCCUAAUAGCAUUUUUAUUGUAUUCUUUAUCUUGUCAGAACUAAAAAGCAUUGAUUUAUAAAAAGUAUUAAAUUGAUGGUACAAUCAAUCUUAGGAGAAACAAACAAAAGCCUUUAUAUUUAACAAAGGAUCUGUUUAUUCACUGUGUGUUGAUAGAGUCAAACGUUGACACAACACAUUCAAUCACAUUAUUAAUGAAUUUGUUACAAUAAAUGUCACAUAAUGACAUUAAUAUGGUCAAGCCAUAAAUUUCAAAUUCCAUCUUGUGAAGGCAACACAAAAUUUGUCAUCCAUACAAAA